CCAGGACCCUGCAUUCAAUAUAUCCGGUCUCCCACAGUACACAGAACAUGGAAAUGCAAUUAUUUUAGCAUCAUAAACUGCUAAAUACGUUUUUCUCAUCAGCAGUUAGAGCAGUCUUGUGACUUCUAUCAGUGUCCAGCAGAGUACAUGUUAAAGCUUGAAGGUGGAGUUUUCAUUUUGCUCUAGGAGGAUGCAGAACCCUGACCUCUGUCUGGACAGUGCUGAUUGGCCCUGUGAUGAUCACAUGCACUCUCCCAAAAAAAAAAACCUCUCUAGCACUACACACCAAACUGAGCAUGAGCAGAGUGACUACACUCAAUAUGUCUUAUCAGGAGAUAAGAGGGGGGCACUGGAAGAAGGGAGGAUCAGAGAAGACAGUAUCAAA